AUGGAUCAGGCUAUACCCAUCGCCCUCAAUGGGGUCAAUAUGGGUGCACAGCACUUUGACAAAGUCUACGAUCCACUGAAGCACAAGUACUACAAGCGCAAGGGCUACUAUCGAGAUGACCCUGAUGUCCAAGACCACCGAACUCCAGAAGAGAAAGGCUAUGUCCUCCGUCGCCGCCGGGACGUCGGCUCUGAUGAAGAAAUAGUCGAGACUGUUCGUCAUCGAGGCGAGAUCCUACCGCGUCGUCCGGGCCGACCGAAAGAGAUGGCCCGCAAAGCCAGCAGCUUUGACGAUCUCAAGACUGCUGGCAAGGCAGCUGCGGCAGGAGGUGGAGCCGCCGGCGCCAUGGUGCCGUAUCGCAAUGGUCGAGGUCGCGGUGGCGAUAGCAGCGACAGCGAAGGAUCAAUCCCUCCUCGAUCGCGUGUGCGACCCAAGUCGACCAGUGGCCGCAGUCACGCAAGCCGUCGCCGCCGAGGCUCCGAUUCCAGCUCGUCCGACAGCAGCUCCGUGUGCUCCAGCACUGAAGACGAAAAAAAUGUCAAGAAGAUGCAACGUAAGAAAUGGAUCACGGCAGCCUUUGCGUCAGUCGCCACCGUCCAUGCCGCGACCAAAGUCUACAGCAGUAUAGAGGCUCACGACAAGCGAGUCCAGGACGUCGCAACUGGCAAGAUGAGUCCAGAAGAAGCCCACAAAAAACAACGUAGUGCCCGUUGGCAAGAUGCAGCCGCCAUCGGUAUUGCUGCUCUGGGUAUUCGCGGUGCACUUUCCGAGUGGCACGAAGUGCAGGAAGAACAUUCGCAACAUCGAGAAAUGAUGGAAAAGAAAGAAAUGCAUCACAAGAAGCGAUUGGAGUCAAUGCGUCGCAAACGUGCUCAGGAGCGAGGAGGCUACUACAAAGGCCGUGAUGGCCAAUGGUACUAUGACGGACCAAUGCCUCAGAGCAGUCAGAGCAAGAGCUCAAACAACGAUGGCCGAUAUGACGAUCAACGGGCCAUCAAAGACAGCGAACGCCAACAGAAGAUGCUGGAAUAUGAGGAGAAGGGCACGCACAGGGCGGGCGAUACUGAGUAUGACUUCGACCAUUACAGAAACGACUAUGACAAGUGGGGCAGUGAAGACGGACGGAGCAGGGACAAGAGUAGACGCCGGGACGACCGCUCCCGAGCUCAUAGCAGAGCAUACUUUCACGACGAUGAUUAUGACGACCGGCGGUCCCGCUAUCGGCGUGAGAAACCUGAUGAUCCGACCAAGAAUCCGAAGCUGGAGAAGCCCAAGGACACAGCUAAGGACCUGGGCGUGAAUGUGGCGGGAGAGUUGCUCAGUGUUUGA